CAAACCCAUCUUGACUCGACUUUUUGUGAACAGUCCGAGCACGUUAAGAGCUGCAGGGACGUAACUUUAACCCACAAUGUGCUCCGUCGUCGGCUGUGAUUCGGGUCGUCGCGAUGCGCAGCGGUUCAAGUUACCUGAGGACCCUGAGAGGAGACUGGAGUGGGUCCAGUUUCUCGCUACAGUCAAUAAGCAGCGAUUUAAAGAGUCGUCCUGGACAGACAUUACAAUCUGCAGCGAACACUUCAAAUGUGACUGUUUUGACGACUUGACACCGAGCGGGUCAGAUUUGGCUGACACGGUCCAGCUAAUGCUGAAACCCUCUGCUGUCCCAUCACUGAGUGUCCAGUCAGAGUCAGGGGGACCUGAGACUAAUCUGAAGAGCCCAGAGGAGGCAGCAUCAACAGAUGGCACCCGCAUCACAGGGGUCUCUGUGGCUGAUGUUGUUAUUGAUGACGAAAGUGAUUUCUUGGAUGAAUCGAGUGAGCAGGAUGACAUGGACUCAGAUGAGGACUGGAAGCCAGCAAAGCAUUUUUUGCAUAAAAAGACUCCCAAUGACAAAACCAAAGAUGAAGAUGGUGAUCAUCCUCCACCUGGCCCCAAAAACAGUGACCUCUGCACAGAGUGUGGAGCAUUUUUUAAUAAACAGAAGCCUCACACAUGUGAGCACAAAAUCAAACCCUACUCUUGCAGUAUUUGUGGUAAGAGGUGUGUUACUGAGACCGCUUUAAAUACUCACAGCAGAAUCCACAAUGAAAACUAUGAAUUUAAAUGCAAAUUUUGCCACGCUACGUUCAAAACAAAGGCUGGAAAAAUCACACACGAGCAGAUUCACGUAACUGAAGGAAAACCCUAUAAAUGUCCCGACUGUUCAGAGACGUUUGCCUCAAAUAAGGAGCGCAGAAUCCACCUGGAGGAUCACAGAGGCCGCCCACAGUUAAAAUGUCACAUCUGUGGGAUUGAGUUCCUCUGGCCACUUUCUCUCCAGAGACACUUAGCUGUGCACACAGGAGAGAAGCCGUUUAAGUGUCCCGAGUGCCAGCGUGGCUUCAACCAGGCGAGCCACCUGAAAUCCCACAUGCGUCUCCACACAGGAGAGAGACCGUACAAGUGUCCGCAUUGUGACAAAUGCUUCAAUCACAACGUGAGCUUGAAGAGUCACGUCCAACGUUACCAUACGUCCAAAUCUGGACUUGAACAGAAGAAGGGUGAAACUGGUGAUGCUUGGGAUAAUGGGAGCAAGAGAGGUGCAGAUUCGGGGCUUGACAAUGUAGAAGAAGAGCAGGACACAGAAGAGGAAGUACAGGAGAGAAUAUAUAGAUCUAAAAGUAAAAGGAAAAGUACUGGUAGACCCAUUGGAAGACCUAAGAGCCAUGAAUCAGGCAACUUAGUGGAAAGCCAUUGUUCAAAUGCCAAUACUGGAAAUCUACAAGUGCAAAAGAGAACACCAUGCAGUGAUGAAGAAAGUGAGGACAAGCCAAGUGACAGUGGCACGGCCUUUGAUUCAGCAGAGGCAGAAGAGGAGAGCAGCAAGAAGGUGAGGAAGAGCACAGCAAGAUCAAGGGGAAAACCUAAAAAAUCUGAUAGUGACUCUGAUAUUGACCCUGAGGAAGGAAAGAAAAAGAGGUACAGCAGCCAGAGCAGUGAUAAAAGCUCUGGGAAACGUAGGGGACGACCACAUAUAAGUGUUACGGACAAGUCUUAAAAGGAGCAAAAGAAUCUUUUUUUAGACAAUUGUGGAAACAUAUAUAGAUAUAAAAUUGAUGUGGAUACAGAGCUGGACUGAUUUUCUAGAAAAUCACAUAAUAUGACAAAGAAUGUACACUUAGGCCAAAAUGUAAGUCACAUUUCACUGUCUUUUACCGUCAAGUGAAGCUUGAUUUCAGUGGUGUUGGGAAGGUUGCUUUUGAAAUGUAGUGGUUACAAAUUA